GAAGGAGAGCCGUAAAGCGUUGUGUUUUUUUGGAGAGGGAGGUCAUUGGAAAGUGAGGUAGCUAACUGGGUUUGUUCGGGGGAUAGAUAUUUACUCGCUACCGAAUGGUAUCAGACAUUCUGAUGCCACAGUAGCCAAAUACGAAUCAAAGAAGGUGCUUUAGCUAUAUCACUUACUAGAAUGCUCCGUUUAAUCUUGCGGCUGAGGCCGUCCGCUGCUAUCCCCUGCUCCCGUACCCUCCCAGGGCCUGCACUGAGCUCACGCUCCGGACCGGGGGCCUGUCAUCUGAAGCGGUACCAUUCUGGUGUGCGAUCCCGGGCUGUGUGCAACGGCGUCAAUUUCAACACUAUUAUAUUCACAAACAGAACAUCCCUGUUGCAAUGUCCUCAAUCUGUCAGCUGCAGCCAGUCCAAGCGAUGCUACAGCCUACCCCCUCACCAGAAGGUGGAGCUGCCUGCCUUGUCCCCCACCAUGCAGACUGGAACCAUCGCUCGCUGGGAGAAGAAGGAGGGAGACAAGAUUGGCGAGGGAGAACUCAUCGCUGAGGUGGAGACUGAUAAGGCUACAGUAGGCUUGGAUAUAAUGGAGGAGUGCUACCUGGCUAAGAUCCUUGUUGCCGAGGGCACCCGGGAUGUACUGGUGGGCUCUGUCAUCUGCAUCACUGUCGAGAACCCUGAUUUCAUCCCAGCCUUCAAGGACCUGUCGCUGGAGAAGCUAGCCAGCUCCGCCACGGCCGCCGCCGCCGCGGCCGCCCCCCCUCCACCCCCACCUGCGGCCGGCCCCGCCGCGCCCGGCAGCUCCUACCCCCCGCACCUCAAGAUCAUGCUGCCCGCCCUUUCCCCCACGAUGACGAUGGGCACGGUGCAGCGCUGGGAGAAGAAGGUGGGAGAGAGGCUCGCCGAAGGGGACCUGCUGGCUGAGAUCGAGACCGACAAGGCCACCAUCGGAUUCGAGGUGCAGGAGGAGGGCUACCUGGCUAAGAUCAUGGUGCCGGAGGGGACCCGCGACGUGCCCCUGGGGGCGCCCCUCUGCAUCAUCGUGGAGAAGGAGAGCGACAUCGCGGCCUUCAGCGACUACGUAGAGACGGGCGUGGCCGAGGUCCCUGCACCCCCCCCAGCUCCAGCACCGGCCGCAGCCCCUCCUCCCGUAGCGGCCCCCGUGGCGGCUAGCCUCGCGGCCCCUGCAGCAGCAAGGGUAGGGCGCGUGUUCGCCAGCCCCCUGGCUAAGAAGAUGGCGGCCGAGAAGGGCAUCGACCUGGCCCAGGUGACUGGCUCCGGGCCCGACGGUCGCGUCACCAGGAAAGACAUCGACAGCUUUGUCCCUCCUAAGGCUGCCCCCGUGGCAGCUGCAGUCCCGGUUGCCCCGGCAGCCCCCGCCCCUACCCCCGCCGCCCCCACAGCUGCCCCCGCUGGCACCUUCACAGACAUCCCCAUCAGCAACAUCCGCAAGGUGAUCGCUCAGAGGCUGAUGCAGUCCAAACAGACCAUCCCGCACUACUACCUGUCUGUCGACGUCAACAUGGACCAAGUGGUUGAGCUGAGGAAGGAGCUCAACGAGGAGGUGAAGGCCCAGAACAUCAAGCUGAGUGUGAACGACUUCAUCAUCAAAGCCAGCGCUCUGGCCUGCCUCAAGGUCCCUGAGGCCAACUCCUCCUGGUUGGACACGGUCAUUCGCCAGAACCAUGUGGUGGAUAUCAGCGUAGCCGUGAGCACACCUAACGGCCUGAUCACGCCCAUCGUGUUCAACGCCCACACCAAGGGCCUGGCCUCCAUCUGCACUGACGUGUCAGCGCUCGCCGCCAAGGCUCGCGACGGGAAACUCCAGCCGCACGAAUUCCAGGGAGGUACGUUCACCAUCUCCAACCUGGGGAUGUUUGGCAUCAAGAACUUUUCCGCCAUCAUCAACCCUCCUCAGGCCUGCAUCCUGGCCGUGGGCGGCUCCGAGAAACGUCUUCUGCCCGCCGACAACGAGAAAGGGUUCGACGUGGCCAGUAUGAUGUCGGUGACCUUGAGCUGUGACCAUCGGGUGGUCGAUGGCGCGGUCGGAGCGCAGUGGCUCGCCGAGUUCCGCAAGUUCAUGGAAAGACCUGUCACCAUGCUGCUGUGAUCGGAUGAUGCCGUCGCCAUGCCAUUGUGAAAUGCUGGAUCCAGUCGCCCGAGUCGAUCUGAUUGGUGCAAAUCGGUCAAGGUCGUCCUGUGAUUGGCCAGUCUACCACAAGGACACUCUUACUCCUCCUCUAAAAGGGACGAGGCAGAACUCCUUAUUGUACGCUCGCUCUCUCUCUCUCUCUCUCUCUCUCUCUCUCUCUCUAUCUCUCUCUCUCUCUCCCUCCCACUUCUCUCGAUGCUCUGUCCUCCAUUGAUACUGUAUUUAUUAAGGCCCCAUGUCUCCUGUGAGACUAGAUUUAGUUACAGUUUAACCAAGUUUAGAGGCUCAGGCUGGCCGCAUUUCACUCUAACACUGAUGUUGUUUUAUGAAGGGAACUGUUACAGGCCCAACCAGUGUGCAAACAUAACCCCUAGUGUAUGUAUGUGUGUGUGUAUGUCGGCCCAGAGUAUAUAUAUCUUAUCUGUGAGUGUGAGUAUGAGUGUGUUUUAACGGCCAAAGAACAAGCAGCUCUCUCUGGGUUCUGAGUGCAAGGUUCUCCUGGGUUCUCCACAUGCUGGCGGUUCUAAGAUGGCUGAGGGGAAUGUAAACAGAUGGAUGGGGCGCAUCACUGGUUAACUGAACGUGAGAGACACGGGUCAGAGCUAUACACACACACACACACACACACAUACAUAUACAUUAAACUGGCUCCCCAUCUAACACAGAGACAAAACCUACCGGUAUCAAAACAAUCUUUGCUGUAUAAAUGCUUUGUCUGUAUGAAUGUGUUGUGUGUUUACUCGACUGUGGGGUGCUAUGGAGAGGGUAUAAUGUAAGUGCUCCUCACUGUUGUGGGGGGAGAGAUUCUAGUAUAUUGUUCUUGUAUAUUGUCCUCAGGCUUGCAGGUGUCAGUGAAUGGGUUAGAGAUGUGUAAGGUAUCGAUAAGCAUAGCAGCAUAGCCCUCCACAGUGGGUGGAGCUACCCCCGACUACCUUACACCCAUCCAGUUCCUUCAGAUCUGUGAGACCCUGCAGGUUGGGGGGCGGGGUUUGUUUGAAAGAUCCCGAAUGUCGGGAUGCGAGGGUGAGAAAUGGAUUGAUGACAUCACACACUCCCGACUCAGCACUUUGUGGUCUCGGCCAAUCUCCACUCCUCCAAGGGGGAGCGUUUUCUUUUCUGACCUUGAGAAACAUCCACCAACUUACAGCUGAAACGUUCUGUAUUUGACAAACAUGCGCACAAAGUGAUGGAGAUACUGUAGAUGUACUGUCAAUCGAUGAAUAAAUUGAAACAAGUCACAGACGGCAAAUA